GCCAGUUUCCCCCACUCAAUAUUUAAAGGAAACCAUCUGAUUCUACCUUUAGACCAUCGCUUUAUUCUUUUAUAAUCUCUAUCCUCCCAUGGCAACAGUAGAGACAAAACCUGUCCUUUACGGCUCUUGGAAUUCAUCGGCAGCGUGGCGAGUCCGAUUGAUCCUUGCAUGGAAAAAUAUAGAAUACGAAUAUCGACCAAUUGAUCUUAAAAACAGUGAAGACUUGGGUAAUCUCGCCAAGGUCAAUCCAAGCAAACGGAUCCCUGCUUUCAUCACAAGUGACGGGGUUGUCCUGACUCAAAGCAUGGCUAUUUUGGAAUACAUUGAAGAAAUGUAUCCAGAAAAAACAUGUUUGCCUGCAGAUCCCCUCCAACGCGCAAUGACACGCGAAAUAUGUGACGAAAUUGCAUGCGAUAUCCAUCCCAUCCAAAACACUGGCUUACUGAACGACAUUUGUGGCGGCGAUUGGCCAAAAUUUGAAGCAUGGGCCCGUUCCCGUAUCACAAAAGGAUUUGAUCAUCUGGAAGCCAAGCUGCGGGAAGACAAGGAGCAUGUUUUAUCAGGAAAAUACUGUAUCGGUGAUUGUGUCACCAUGGCGGAUUUCGUUUUGGUGCCUCAGUUCUACAACGCUGUCAGAUACAUGGUGGACCUGUCACCGUAUCCAAUCAUCGGAUCUAUCCACCACCACUUGAUGACAGAUUUUCCAGAGCUCAUCGAGACAGUGCCGGAAAGACAGGUUGACGCACCCGCAAGUUGAAAAACCCGCGACAAUCAGGCCUCACGUGAUCAACUUACUAUGGUACACGAAUAGUUAUACAAUGAUUUUGAUACCGACAUUAUGCAGUAUUCGAAGCUUUAUUAUCAUUAAACGAAAUGAAUAAAUAAACUUUUGGAGACCGAAGUACAGUAUAGACUACUAAUGCCUAUCUCGCAUCAUUGUUUGUGGUCACGAUGAUCCACAUCCGCCGACUUCUUGCUUCAUGCAGAUAUCGCCUCAACGCAUAGCGCAGCUGCUAUCGUUCUAUAAAGCUCUAGCCUGCGAGUCUAAUAUGCACACAAACGGAAGAGAAUGUUUUGAGCAUCUAUAACGCUUAAUU